AUGAAGUUCACCAUCCUCAGCAUCAUGGCCCUGGUGGCUGCCUCCAGCGUCUCGGCUCUCCCCAGCGACCGCUCGGCCGUCGCAGCCCGCAACAUCGAUGCCUCCAUCGCCCAAUUUGCGAGCCUUCACACACUCGACAAGCGUGGCAAGGCUAACGGUCAGAGGUGCAAGGAAGACAAGGAAUGCGACACAGACUUCUGCCUGGAUCCUGGCUUCUUCAGCAGAAACCACUGUGCCGACAAGCUGAAAAAUGGUCACAAGUGCAAGGAGGACGGCCACUGCGUUUCCGGCUACUGCAAACACAUCAGCUUCUGGGAGGGCAAGAAGUGCGAGACCAACCACGUCAAGGCUGGCUCGCUCCAAAAGGGCGCUAAGUGCGAUCGAAACUUCGAGUGCGCAAGCGAGUUCUGCGACGGAGCCUUUGGUUACAAGAAUUGUGCUCUCAGGCAGACGGGCGAGCCCUGCAAGAAGGACGCCACCUGCGAGUCUGGAUUCUGCUACAUUCACCCCAGUGGCGAAAGCCGAAACCGCUGCCUUGAAACCAAGCUCGAUAAGGGCAAGUACUGCGUCAACAACGUCCAGUGCAAGUCGAAGCAGUGCAAUGUUUCCUGCGAAUGA